AUGUCCGCGUCCGCGACGCGCGCGCCGCGCGUCGCGUCCGGUGGGGACCGCCGCGCGCGCGCGCCGCGCGCUCGCGCCGUCGCGGCCCGCGCCCCCGCCCCGCUCGCGUCCCCCAGCGGCGCUCCUGUGCGCCAUCGCGCGAUAGAUCGCGCGCGCGUCGCGUUCGCCGUCGCCCCGCCCCCCUCGCGUCGUCGCGCGGAGCGGCUCGCGCAAACGCGCGCGUGGGUGGACAACACCGCGGAGGUGGACGUCCCCGUCCCGAUCGCGGUGGUGUGGGAGCUGUGGCAGGACAAGACGCGCAUCCCGCGGUGGAUGCCGUGGAUCCACAGCAUCGACGUCGUGGACGAGACGCGGAGCCGAUGGAAUCUUCGCACGAAUCAGUUCGGCCAAGACUUCAGCUUCUCGUGGACCGCGACCGACUUCCCGCCCAUCACGCGCGAGAAGAUCCACUGGCAGAGCACGGAGGGCCUCCCGAACCGCGGCGCGGUGACGUUCGCGGGCGGCGUGGGCGGCGCGGCGACCAACGUGCGCAUUCGGAUCAGCUACGAGGUGCCCGACGUGUUGGCGCCGUUCGGAGGCGCCGUCGCGCCGCUCGUGGAGAAUAUCCUGCGCGCGGACCUCGCGCGGUUCAGCGAGUUCGCGCGCAAAGUUGGACGCGCGAUGGCGAGGAGCGGCGUCGGGGGAGACGACGACGACGCGUGA